UAGGACUGAGCACUGCUUUAUGUUUGUUCUCGAAGCAACAUGAUUUGCCGAUUAUUUAUGAUGAUAUUACCACUGAUUGUUUACUGUARACUGUCUACUUUUGCUAACCCAAUCAAAAGAACUAUAAAAGGAAAUAUGGCUCAAGACAUCGAGGAAAUUGCAAACAAAGAGUACGACACAGUUCAUGGUAGAAUCCUAGCUGUCAACAUGGCUACUUUGGGGAAAAGAAGGCUGCAAGGAAGACCAGAAAAUCCAUUUGAAAGAAUCGAAAACGUUAAUGACCAUGAUGAUCUUAACCUAUAUCAAGGUGAUAUCAAACUGGAUGAAGACUUAGAAGAACUCCUUCACAUGCCAAAUAGGACCAUUACAAAGCGAAAUGCUCUGCGUUCAAGAAGUGGGCUAUGGACAUCCAGAAUAAUUCCCUAUGUUAUCCCAGGAUUUAUGGCUCAUAUAAGAAGAAACUUUUUGAGUGCAAUAAAACAGUUCCACAAGCACACGUGCCUUCGUUUUGUUAGAUAUCAACCAGGUCUACAUAAAAACUACAUCACGUUUAACAAUAAAGAUGGGUGCUCUUCAAGGAUUGGAAAAAAAUACUUUGCUCCUGGUCGCCAAACUAUAUCGCUUGGUCGGGGAUGUAAUUUUGCUGGUACUAUAAUCCACGAGUUACUACACGCAGUUGGGUUUUUUCAUGAACAGGCUAGAGAAGACCGAGAUAAAUAUGUUAAGAUAUAUUGGGAAAACAUACUUAAAGGAUUCUCCGAUCAAUUUGAAAAAUACAAAUGGAUGGACAUCGACACUUUAGGCAAAUCCUAUGACUACGAGUCCAUAAUGCAUUAUGAUCGAAAGGCAUUUUCCAGAAAUGGCAAGCCAACUAUUGUGGCCAUUGGUGAUGAAAAACGCAAAUUUGGAACCAAGAAAAGGUCUUUCAGUCCUAAGGAUAUCAUUGAGAUAAAUGAACUGUAUGAAUGUAAAAAAACAGAAAAACAAUAUGGGUGGUCUACCUGGUCUGAGUAUACACCAUGUAACAAAAAAUGCUACAGAACUCGAGAGCGUUUCUGCUACCAUCCAAACGACCCAAAGUACUGUAAAGGAAAAGUCAAUAUGUAUGGCAUUGAGAAGGAUCGUGUGAAAUGCACUGAAAGAGARUGCCUCGCACGCAAUUCAAUCAAUGGUCAUUGGGGGCAUUGGAGCAAGUGGUCAGACUGCAGCGCUAAAUGUAACGAUGGCGUACGAUCACGUAAAAGGUAUUGUAAUGACCCAGCUCCUUCUAAAUAUGGUAUGCCAUGUCCUGGCAAAUCGAAAGAAACAGACUUGUGCACUGCCCGCCGGUGUCAUCCUGGUCCUGAUGACACGGAUUUCGAUAACCCUAAGAGCCCCUUUGGUAUUUGGAGAAAUAAACCUGGUGCACAACUAAAGUGGAUACGUCACAGGCUAUACUCACAGACAAUGAACACUGGUCCAAUGUAUGAUCAUACUUUUGGCAAUCCCUCAGGUUAYUAUCUGUACAUGGAAUCAUCAGGACCAGGAACCGCAAACAAACAAGCAAAGCUUAUCAGCAAAACAUUAACAUAUCUACCAGGCGGCCAGUGUCUGAAGUUCUAUUAUUCAAUGUAUGGUAGAACUAUAGGAUCUCUUGAAGUUAGGCUGAACAAACGUGGUAAAAAGUACAAAACACUGUUUUACAAGAGAGGCGACCAGGGUCAAGCUUGGSAGUUGGCCGCCGCAGAUUUGGAUGUUCCGGGAAAAUAUGUGAUUGAAUUCAUUGCAACAGUUGGUCAGCGUGGCUACUCGGACAUUGCUAUUGACGACGUAUAUAUUGACGAGGGGAGAUGCUCUUGCCAAGACAAGUACCCUACUUGCGUCAAAUGGUCAAUAGAAGGGGAAUGUCAAAAGAACAAGAAGUGGAUGGCAAAAAACUGCAAAAGAAGCUGCAAGAUCUGCCCUGCGUUGAUAAACUGUGCAGACUGGAAAAGAGGACAAUGUGUGAUAUGGGCCGAGAAAGGAGAAUGUAAUAAAAACAAAGUCUUUAUGCAUAAGAAAUGUCCACUUAGCUGCGGAAUUUGCUCAGUUCCUGAGUGCAAAGACUCAAACGAGGUUCAAUGUUCGAUAUGGGCAAAGAAAGGGGAAUGCAGUAAAAACAAGGACUACAUGCAUAAACACUGUCCUAAGAGCUGCAGWAUAUGCAAAGUUCCUCAGUGCUCUGAUUCAAAUUCAUGGAAGAAAAAAUGCCCACAGUGGGCCAAGGAUGGAGAGUGUAGGAAAAACAAGGUUUGGAUGUAUAAACAUUGCCCCAAAAGCUGCAACAUAUGUUAAGUCACUACAAGAGGCAAACCCUGUCAUCCCUGUUCUAGACUAGUCCAUACAUACGGACAGAUGUAAUAAUAGGCCCUCUGCAGCUGAGGGUCACGUGACCACACCAACCUUAAAUCAAUCAGCAAUGACAAAAUGAUGUUCAGAAAUGGAAGAGGGGAUCAAAAUAAGUAAGAAGUAAUAGAUCAAAAACGAGUGCGAGUGUUUCAUCAGGGGAUCCAAACACCGAGAAACAGAUGAAAGCACGCGGCCGAAGGCCAAGUGCUUUUAGCGUUUCGAGAUGUUUGGAUUCCCCUGAUGAAACACGAAGCACGAGUUUUUGAUCUGAUUUCUCAAACAAAUUGAUAAUGAAUGACUUCAGCUGGCAAAUUCCUUAAAGACCGUAAUUGGAUUUAUUCAUCAGUCCUAUUUUGGGUAUGAAUAGAAUGAAAGUGGCAUCAUCAAUCGCUAUUAUAUAUAUAAACCCCAAAGGAGAGAGAUUUGUAAUAAAUUUGUAGUAGUUCUGUUUAUUCAGUUCAAUUUCAUAAGUUGUAAUGGCGGAGGCAACCUCCGCGUGUAGCUUUCGAGAUCCAACAACUCGA